CAUGUGUGUGCGUGUGUGCAGAUAGUUGACAGUCCAGAAUUGUGGACAGAACAUACAGAACGGAGCAGUACGCUGGUCAUAGCAGAGGCUACGCCGCAGCACACAGGACGCUACACUGUGGUAGUGAAAGACCGCAAAAGCUCAGCCCAACACACACUUACCCUUUCUGUCAUAGACCGGCCAGAGCCUCCUGCUUCRGGCCCGGUGGCCUCUCUCGUAUCUCCGUCCAACCUUGUGCUGUCCUGGUCGGGACCCUGUUACGACGGCGGCAGUGCUGUCCUGGGCUACGUGUUGGAGCUGAGAGACCAGGGACUUUCUGAGGCUGCGGAGUGGAAAAAACUCACURCCAAGUGUGCCAGCACCUCAUACCAAGUGUCAUCCGGGCUGCAACCAGGACAGGAGUACUGUUUCAGAGUGAGGGCUUACAACGCAGUGGGGGAGAGUGAUCCCAGCCCGGUUUCAGCAGUGGUGAAGAUGGAGGAACCAGAUUCUAAGAAAACACAAGAAGAAGCCACUCAAUACCCCUGUGUCACUAUUGAUUCUUCCCACAAAGUUACAGAUCACUACAACUUGCAUGAGAAAUUGGGAACGGGAAAGUUUGGCUUGGUGUUCAAGCUCACCCACAAGGAGACGGGCCGUGUACGCGCGGGAAAGUUCUACAAAGGACGGCGAGCCAAAGAGAGAGAAGCUGCUCGUAAAGAAAUCGAGCUGAUGAAUCACCUCCACCACCCCAAGCUGGUUCAGUGUCUGGGAGCAUAUGAUCAUAAACCAGAGAUGGUCAUGGUAAUGGAGUUUAUUGCAGGUGGGGAGCUCUUUGAUCGCAUCGUGGAUGACAGCUUUGAGUACACAGAGCCUGGCAGCGUGCGCUACAUGCAGCAGAUUCUGGAGGGGAUCGCCUUCAUGCAUCAGCAGAAAAUUGUCCACCUGGAUCUGAAACCUGAAAAUAUCGUCUGUGUUGACACCACUGGCACUCGCAUAAAAAUAAUUGACUUUGGAUUAGCUUGCAAAAUUGAUGGGAACACGGCUCUGAAGGUGAUGCACGGCACCGCUGAAUUUAUAGCACCGGAAGUUAUCAGCUACGAACCUGUGAGUUUGGCCACUGACAUGUGGAGCAUCGGCGUCAUCUGCUACAUCCUGCUAAGCGGUGAGUCUCCGUUCCAGGGAAACAGCGAUACGGAGACUCUGGCCUUGGUCACAGCAGCUCAGUGGGAGUUUGAUGAAGAGAGCUUUGAAGAUAUAACCGAGGAGGCCCAGAAUUUCAUCAGCUCUCUCCUAAAUAAGGAUCCCAGGCAGAGGAUGUCUUGUGAAGAGGGUCUUGCUCACCCCUGGAUGAAGAAGUUUGACUCUGAAAACCUAUCUUCCACAAAAUGUCUGUCGAAGGAGAAGAUGAAGAGGUUUUUAGCCAGGCAGAAGUGGAAGAAAGCUGGCAAGGCUAUGCUAGCCCUAAAGAGAAUGGCUUUGCUGUCUAAAAAUGAGAGCUCUGCAUCUCUUCCAAGCGCUGACCUUCCGCUGAGCCCUGAGGCAGAAGAUGCACUGCAGUCUCUGGAGCGUAAGAUGCAGGGACCACCCCAAUUUACCAAGAACCUGGAGGACCAGAAAGUAGCUCGGGGCUCCUGCGCCCGGCUCUCGUGCCACCUAAGUGGAUAUCCUGAUCCAGAGGUGGUGUGGCUGUGUGGAGAUGAACCUGUAGAAGAAUCAUCCACUGUYCAAAUAGAGUACGAUGAUGAUGGACGCUGCACCCUGAUUCUUUCCAAAGUUGAAGCAGAGGAUGCAAAUGUUUACACCUGCAGGGCAACCAAUGACCACGGGGAGAUAUUCUGCACYGCUAAAUUAACAGUUUUAUAAUAGAGUCAGUAUAUCUAUGUAUGCAAAGAGGAAUUGUACAGACAURAGGAUMUUUGGUGUCUUGAAUAUAUACAGUAAUGUUUUGAUGUGGAAAGGCCAAAUGAGGAAUGUUCUGUAAGACUUGUUGCAUUUGAAAGAGUAUAACGCACAUUAUUGUACACAGUUUAGAUAAGGUUCCUGAAUAUAGUUACAAAGCACGCUAUKUMASAGUUGAUAUUUCCUUGUAUGGCUUAUAAAUAUGCCAAUUUAAAAUAGGUUUCUGCUGAUAAUGUGAACAAUGGAGCAAUAUUUUCAUAUUAUGCUCCAUUAUUUUAGAGAUAAAGUGGACUUAAACUAAAGUGUUGGAGUAAUGUUAAGAGGAYGCCAUCAUAUUUCUGAUUGACUUUAAGGUUUUGAUAGAAUAUUUGAAAAAAAAAGAAUCAUGUCUAAAUAUAUUACUAGAAAAAGUAUAACCAACCAUCAUUUUGCAUUUCAAGUAGGUGUAAUUUUUUUGCAUCCUAUGUGUCACAUUUGCUGUUGCUUUUACCAUGAUAAAAUUGUCGAGAACUUGUUAAAAUUGACCGGUAGCGUACCAAACAAUGUAGAGAUUCAUGAAGAUAUAYAYAGAAAUAUUUUUGUAAUGAAUAAAGAGCAAUGAAACGUC